AUGGUUGUAAGCAAUUCACUUGUUCGGAGUUUGCUUGGCACGCUGCGGGUGCGGGUCGCAUCUUCAAGGUUAUGGCAGUAUUGCUCGAUCCGUGUACGUGUACUAUUUUUUCAUGCAUCACAGAGAGUAGAUGUAGACGUUGCUUGAAACAUCUAUUCUCUAGCUCUAGUAGAGGGCUGGCAACUACUUGAGUUCAUGAUUUCUCGAGAGAUUCAACACCGCAACAAGCAGAAGCUGGGAAUCCGGGUCCCUUCCCGGUGUAACUACAGCGGCACUUCCAGAGAAGAAGAGCUUACCGCUGGGCUCUUUGUUGCUCUCUGCCGCCACGACAGCGGGGCGAACAGCGUCGGUGGGCAGUCUUGUAUUAUGGCAUAUACUCUUCAGAUAGAAGUCGCAUACUCGAAAUCUUAUGAAAAAUAUAUGCGUGCGACAAAUACAAACUACGCACUAGCAAGGGGGCAUCGGAGCAGGUUAUUAUCUAGGCUACUCGGUUAUUUCAGUUUAUCGAUGAAUAAGUUCGUCAUAUACUUUGAAGACUCUACUUCUAAUAAAAUGCAACCACGAGUUUUUCAUUCAACAAGUACAUAAACUAGAUUGUCGAUUCUACCGCAUGAAUAGAUACAGUAGACGUCGUACCUGCCGAGUUGAAGUCUACAUGUAUGGUCCGAGUGCAUGUACGGCACAACUACAACUAGGACAUCUCAACUUGAGUCAUAUCUUCUAAUUCAUCUUGGACGAUGGGCUCUCCAUUGCGCAGCAGCUUCAGCGGGUGUUUGUGGGAUCUUGCUAGGAGCCGCGUAUUUUCGCGACGUUCAUGAGGAUGAGGAUUAGGAUUUGGCUUUGGCUUUCUUCUAGUGAUAUUGAAGAUAUUCAUAGAAGAUGAGGAUCUUCUGUUGGAUCUGGAUGGAAAGCGGAUCACUCGAUGAUACAUCCGAUAUUUUCGGCUAGGGACGUCAAUCAUAUCAAGAUCAACGCCGUUAUACUCGGUAGAAGAGAGCCUUAUCUUUAUCACAAGGUAGCUCACAGGACGCCUACUUUGGCUCCAAGACGUUGCGUAACAAGUUUCCUGACUAUUUUGAGGCCGCUAGUUUCAAACCUCACGUCUAAGGAGUAGAAUAAUUUAAACUAUCUUCGAUAGAGAAGUGUAUAGAUACUGUCUGAUCAUUUAUUUUCGAAGAAUUAUGGCAUGGUGAGAAUGACUCAUAUUUAUACAUAUUCUAAAAUUGCGGAGAGCAUUUCGCUUCUACCGGAAUACAACGACCGAGUUCCAGUGACGCAGGAUGGAGACUGUUGAACGGAAAGCUUGAACUGUUUCUAGAAGAUAUAGCAGGCCAAAACUGAUUCAUUCUGAGCACGACUCUGAGCAUGAGCAGCAACUUGAACUUCCGUAGGCUAACCUAAAGCUAAAGACUACAUCCCACAUGACUAUAAAACAGCAAAAACCAAUAUAUUGGUAGAUUGCAGGAGUAGAUCUAGAUGGUGAUGGAAGCUCCCGCUGCUUGUGUAGGGUGACAACAAGCCCAAGAUAAAAAGUUUGUGUUCAUCUGCAGACGCGAGCUAUGUCUGCGAGAUUUAUGACAUCGGGUUGGAGGCUUAGCCUUGACAAAAAAAAUUACAGUCAGACUCAAGCGCAUCAAAUAAAGUUGAUCAAACAAGAACAGCGCCAGUUCGUUGUAGAGACACCUCCAGGGGGGGGCAUCUUGAAAGCAGC